AUGUACAACAACGUAAACAACUGUAAACCGGAUAAGAAACGAGAGAUUACUUUAUUAUUAUUGGGAGAGUCAGGUGUGGGAAAAUCCACAUUCAUUAACGCAAUUGUAAACUAUAUGUCUUUCGAGAGAAUGGAUGUGGCAAAUGGUCUAAUAUGUUUGAUUCCCGUCAACUUUACCAUCACAAAUCCAGAGACACUGUUACCGGAGAGGGUAACACUUGGUCACAAUGAUAUGAAUGAAAACACUGAUGAUCCGACACAAUCUGCCACACAAUAUCCCAAGUGUUAUACAUUUCAAAACAAUGACAUUGUGCUCAAUAUAAUCGAUACGCCGGGAAUUGCGGACACGGAUGGUCCAAACGAUGCGAGAGUUGAUGUCGUCUUUAAGUAUUGUAUAUUUCAAUUGUUCACUCAUUUGAAUAAAAGCGCCGCAAAUAAUAUACUAUUUCUGUUCACAAACUCCCGGAGCACUCAUUACAUGCCCGGAGAAUCGGGUCCCGCAUUAAUGAAAAUUUUGAAGCAAAUCAGAGAAAGUCCACCAAAUGUUGACAUCCCUUAUAACAGAUCGACUACUUAUUGUUUCGAUUCCGAGUCCUUUCGAUAUCUCGUGGCAUCGGUUCCGCCAAAUAAUAUACGAUUUGAACCAAGAUUAAAGCACAUGUAUGAAGAUAGUUGGGAAAGAGCCAACCAAUUCGGCUCAAGUUCUCGAUCUGUGGAGGAAUGUCGGCGUCUAUUCAAUCACAUAAUACAACUGCCGGCACACAAAGUGAUGGACACCUUAUCGCUGAAUAACGCCAAACAAAUCAUACAAUUAUUAACCAAACCGUUGGCCGACAUCACGAAGAAUAUCGCGGAUAACGUAAUGCAAUGCGAAUUACAUAGGAAUGAGAUUAAAGCAUACAAGGGAUCCAUUGAAGAGCUGCACAAAAAACUAUACAUACCGUCGGUUGAGAUAAUAUCCGUACCGUUAGACCGGCCAAAGACUAUAUGCGGUGUCGCCGAGUGCUGUGAAUUUACAACAAUCGAUGGCGUCAUCGAUAUUAAUUACCUAACCGAAUGCCAUUCACCAUGCUACCUUGAUUUUGACGAUGGUAAUAUUGUGGGCAAUAAGGGCCUGCUUCGGUGCAAAGCGUUUAAUAUACACAGUACCACCGAUCGUGACCCUGGUAGGUCGAGAAAAUCAUGGUUUAAACGUACCAUCUCAGCGCCCGGCGGCCGAUUGCAGGAGAAAAGGGCCCAAUCGGUCGAAUGCUAUCAUUGCGGCCAU